GGCGGCCAUUUGCUGAGCAUGGGCGUUCCUCCCGCUGCUCUAUACUGGGCUAGUCUAGGUCUCCGAGCACUGCCCUGAUAUCUAUACAUGUAAUGAUUCUUCCAAUACGUAUUAUAGUUACAAAUGUGAGGUAACUGCGUCACAUAUAACCCGGGAGAAGAGAAGAUGUGAGGAGAGAAGAUGCGAGGAGAUAAGAUGUGAGGAGAGAAGAUGAUGGAUUUAAAAUUUUCAGAAGUCAGAUCUUCUUCUUUCCAAAAGGAAGAAAUUCUUGGGAAUGAUCCUGGAUUCAAGCAGCCAGACAACAUUUCUACCUCAGAACAAGGUCUCUGCGUUUCUCCUAAAGGUGUGAGUUUUACAUUGCCCACACCUGUUACUUGCCCCAGGGGACAAGGGAACAACUACUCUUCAUAUUCAAAUUACGGAGACCAAGAUUUCCACUCUGUAGGAAAAUCACACAACGUCUUUACUGAUGGAUGCUGUGUUCGCAAUGGGAAAUCUGGAGCAAAAGGUGGAGUGGGUGUCUACUGGGGCCCCGGUAAUCCUCUAAAUGUAUCUGAAAGACUGGAAGGAAGACCAACUAAUCAAAGGGCAGAAAUUGAGGCAGCCCGCCGAGCAGUAGAACAAGCCCGUGAAAACAACUAUGGAAGCGUAACUAUUCACACUGACAGCAAAUACACGAUCAAAGGUAUGACAGAGUGGAUGCCGAAAUGGAAAGAAAAUGGCUUUAAAACUUACAGUGGUGGAGAUGUGGUGCAUAAGGCGGAAUUUCAGAAUCUUGAUAGUCUUUGCCAAGGCCUCGACGUGACUUGGAGACAUGUGCCAGGACACAGUGGCAAUCCAGGAAAUGAAAUGGCUGACCAGCUGGCAAGAAGUGGAGCAAGAAAAUAAGGAGCAUUACCUCUUGUCCAUUACAAAAGUUUAACUUUUGCUGGUAUUAUAUAAUCAUCCAUAACAAAGGGCAACCAACAAAAGUGUAUUAAUAAUUCAUGUUACAGACAUGCAUCGCUUUAUGUUGGCAUGCUUUUGAAGUAUUUGCAUGUAUACUUACAGUGUUAGUGAAGAUGGGCCAGCUUGAAUCGAGUUUGAUGUUAUGCUUUUUAUUACAUUCAUUUUUAUUAAACAUUAAAGCUCAAUGUACACAUGA